AUGCCUGUUCGGCCAACCAUCCGAACAGAUGCAUCCCUUGGUCUGUAUAACCGCCGACCACUAACCGCCCAACCGUCCAUGGUUGAUGCGAUCAUGGAUGAGGAGGUUCAGGAAAAGCAGCUUUUGGCCGAGGAAGAAGAUGGAAUGGAGCAGCUUGAAGCCGAGGAGGGACUUGAAGCCGCGCAACUUGAACCUGAUGGAGCUAAACAUAUGGAGCUGGAACCUGACGGAAUUAAAGAGCUUGCAGCUGAGAAGGAGCUUGUUUCCAAGGAUUCUGUAGCUGCGCCAAUGGAACUGAUUACUCAUUCUGGAGUUAAUCUUGAGCCAAGAUGGAGAAGACAUGAUCCUAAACCUCCCUGGUUUUUGAUCCAAGCUCAAGAGAUCAGCAAAUGGGCAUGUGUCUCAUUUGUACUCUUUUUCCCUUGUCAAGUUUUGUCCCAAUGGGUUUUCUUGACAAGAGAUCUCUUCCGCUGGAUCUCUAGUAUAGCCAUUCGUUUCACUUUUCAAUCCGCUCAAUCAUUCAUCAUCGGUUCCUUUGUGAUCCGAUCCUCCAUUCACUUACCUUCAAUCGAUCUACUCCAGGGCGUAUCAGGUGGUGCUAUGGCCUCAGAAGAAGAAGAAGAGGAAACAAGCCGAGAAUCACCAUCAAGCCUCAACGAAGCCAUGCUUGAACAGAUCAAGAAGAUGAUGAUUGAGGAGUUUGAUCGGAGAGAAAAGAUUAAAGAAGGAAAGCGGAAGCAACCUAAGGAUCCGGUCACAUCUAAGAAGAAGCCGAUUGAGGAUCUUAGUGGUUACAUGAUGAUUCCGCCAUUCCAUGGGAACAAUGAUCCGGAUGUAUAUCUGGAUUGGGAGAGGAAGUGCGAGAUUAUCUUCAACCGACAUAACAUAGCUGACAUCAACCGAGUCACAUUAGCAGCUAUGGAGUUCAAGUAUUAUGCUCUAAGUUGGUGGAAACAGGUUGAGACGGCACGAGCUUAUAGUGGAGCUUAUGAGAUCUCUACUUGGGGAGAAAUGAAAAGGGUUAUGAGGCAGCGGUUCGCUCCCAUCAUUAUCAGCGACCAGGAACAGAGACCACGUGCUAAGGAGCUCCCAAGCAAGGUGAUCCCUUCCUCUAUUAGUCCAAAGCCUAUGGCAGCAGAAAGUGUCAAAGAAGUGCCAAAGGAUCACGCGGAGAAAGGUUUAGGUGCCAAAGAUGUUUCAGUCCAAACCCCCUGUUACCAACUGCAAGGAAACAAGAAACAAGAAAUUGUUUCAGUCUCUAACAAUGGAAAGGUACAAGCUAAACUUUUUCAAACUGUUUAUGAUGAUUCCAUGACUGGUAUGAUGCACUUGUCUUUCUCCAAAGGUGUUGAGACAGGUACAGGAAGUAGUGAAGAACAAAUGGAGAAAGCAAAUCAAGAAAAGGAGACUCAACCAAACCUGGAUCCGCCAGAAUCUAAACCACCAGACCAACAACUACAAGACCAUGAGUUCAAUCCAGAAGGACCAGAACCGAACAACAAGAGGAAGUCAAAAUCAGAACAAGAAUACAGUCAAGCCAUGCCUACUUCUAAGCUAAGUGAAUUCUUAAACCAACACAUUCAUCCUGUCUUUUUAACUGUCUUAAUGCACUUGUCUUGGUUUAAAGAAGUUGAGAAAGGUACAGCUGAGCAAGAGAGACGCCUAGAAGCUCACAAAGCUUUAACUUGCCAUACCAAGAAGGAGUAUGAGCAACAUGUUCUUAAGCCAAUUGCCGCAGCUGAUUCACUAAUGAGCGUUUUGAAUAGUACACAGGUUAGUGAAGCUCAAUACUUGAUUUACUAUUGGGAUCAUUUCAUGAUACAUCAGAAACUUCAGAAUUUUGUUUUUGAAAUUCCCAUUUCAAGUAUAAUGCACUUGUUCUUUUCCUUGAGUGUCAACAAAGGAUCAGGUUUUAUGGAGAAGCAUAAGGAACUGGAAGAAGCAGCAUCAAAGAACAACACAGUCUCAUCUCACGUUCAUCUCAUUCCCUGUUCACCUAUGGUUCUUUGUUUGAGUUCUCUAUUUACCAAAGGCGAGGCAACACUGAACCAAAAUCAAGAAGAGUGGCUCACAUUUUCCAAUCCAAUUCCAGAGAAACCACCAGACUCUUAUCUAGGAUAUCCAAAGAAGCAAACCCAAGGUAAGUAUCUAGAUUCCCAAAGGCGUAUGAGACCUAAUUUGCUUUCUUUUGGUGCAGGUCAACUAGUUUUGAGGACAAAACUUUUUCAAGAGGGAGGAGAUGAUGCGAUCAUGGAUGAGGAGGUUCAGGAAAAGCAGCUUUUGGCCGAGGAAGAAGAUGGAAUGGAGCAGCUUGAAGCCGAGGAGGGACUUGAAGCCGCGCAACUUGAACCUGAUGGAGCUAAACAUAUGGAGCUGGAACCUGACGGAAUUAAAGAGCUUGCAGCUGAGAAGGAGCUUGUUUCCAAGGAUUCUGUAGCUGCGCCAAUGGAACUGAUUACUCAUUCUGGAGUUAAUCUUGAGCCAAGAUGGAGAAGACAUGAUCCUAAACCUCCCUGGUUUUUGAUCCAAGCUCAAGAGAUCAGCAAAUGGGCAUGUGUCUCAUUUGUACUCUUUUUCCCUUGUCAAGUUUUGUCCCAAUGGGUUUUCUUGACAAGAGAUCUCUUCCGCUGGAUCUCUAGUAUAGCCAUUCGUUUCACUUUUCAAUCCGCUCAAUCAUUCAUUAUCGGUUCCUUUGUGAUCCGAUCCGUCCAUUCACUUAACUUCAAUCACGAUCUACUCCAGGGGCGUAUCAAUGCUCGCCCAGCUAGUUCAGCUGGCCAGCUAGCUGGUUCAACUGGUAGCUCAGCUACUUCAGCUCCUCUAGCUCAUCUAGCUCGACCCCUUAGUCCCAUUUGA